AUGUUUCUCUCUGCAUACAAAAGUUCGUUGAUACGAUGGAGCAGGCAAUGUAAACAAAUUAAUGGUUUAAAAAUUAUUGCAAUGACGAAUAAUUAUUCUCUGGAAUCAAACAAUAUUGGAGAGGAUAAAACUAAUAAAGAAUUGAAGGUUGAUGAUACCACUCGAAUAGCAAAUUUAGGUAAAAUUACAGAUUACCUAAUCAAAGAUGGUGUGCCAAAUUUAUUAGUAGAAAAUUAUAAUGAUAAAUAUAUCAGCGAUUCUGUAAAAUUGCGGUUGUUUCCGAGUUUGGGAUACAUUCCUAUCAUCAGUGGUAGGACAAAAUUUAAUGGAUCAAUGAAUGCUCUUAGAUUAAUCUUAUCUACUUUUAUCCUAGGUCACGAUAUUAAGCAUUUACAUAUUCAUUCAAUUAAAAAUUCAACUAGUGAGGACUCACCAAACACACAUGCGUAUUAUAAAAAUUCCCAAAAGAUAAUUGUUAAAUGGUCAACAUGUAGUCCCGAAGAGAAAUGUCAUCAUAUUAAGGAUAGAAAUACGGGAAUACAGGCACAUCACCGAAUCAGGGAUGAAAACAAUUCUACAAAGGAAUAUAAUCAUAAGCAUGUUCUGGACUAUAUUUUACAGCCAUCGAAUGAUAAAUUAAAUUCUGCAAAUAUUGAGAAAGAAUAUAAAAAUAUUUUAUUCAAAAAACAUAAUAGUGAAGGUGAACCAAUAUCUAGAGUACUACAAGGUUUAUUCAUAUUUGAACUUAGUGAUGAUAAUAGUGAAAUAGAGGUUCACACAAUCGAAGACAUUGAAUUGAUUGAUUACAAGAAAAAAAUGAAGGAACAUACCCCUCACUUUGCUAUCUGCUAG